CUUCAUGAAAGUUUGAAAUCUGAGUAUUUAUUGGUAGAUGACCCUAAAGAAUUAUGGGAUAAUCUCCAAGAAAGGUAUGGCCAUCAACAAAAGGUCCUUUUACCAAAAGCUCAAUAUGACUGGAUCAAUUUACGAUUCCAGGAUUACAAAUCUGUAAGUGACUACAAUUCUGCUUUGUUCCAAAUAACAUCAAAACUAAAGUUAUGCGGACAAGAAGUCACUGAUGCUGAAAUGUUGGAGAAAACUUUGUCCACUAUGCAUGUUUCAAAUGUGCUUUUACAAGAGCAAUAUAGACAAAAGCAUUUUCAAAAGUAUUCUGAUUUGAUAUCAGUAUUACUAUUUGCUGAGACGAAUACCGACAUUUUGAUGAGAAACCACAAUAUGAGACCCACGGGUUGUAGCCCGCUUAGUUUUGGUCCACCAAAUCAUGGUUCAAAACAUGAAUCAAAUGCAACCCAUAGUGGUGCUCGUGGACAUUUCAAACGUGGUCGUGGUAUUGGUCGUUAUAAUGGACCUAGCCGGGGAAACAAACAGAGUAGUAGCUCAUUUUACAAAGGCAAGGGUAAGCAAAACCGCCAUCAAACAAAGAGCCCGACGAAAUCUUCAGAAAAGGCCAAAGUCACUUGCUUUAAGUGUGGCACGUCGGGACAUUGGGCAAAUAAGUGUCGUACACCUAGACACUUGAUUGAUUUAUAUAAAUCAUCUCUAAAAGGAAAGAAUGUGGAAACUAAUUACGUCAACGAAAAUGAUCCACCAAUGCCCACAUUCAAUGUGUCUGAUUUCUAUAUGGACGAUAAUGAGAUGAACACCGACAUCAUUAUGGGUGAAAAAUAAUAAAUAAGUAAAUAAAAAGGAA